GUCUGUAACCAUUAGCAACACUGUUGACGCCGGAAACUUGUUAGAGUUUAUUUUCUGAUUAGCUACGUUAGCAAAAUAACUCCAAUUUCUGUAAUGUGGGAAAAGUAAAGUAGGAAAACAGCUUCGUCAGAAAUGGCUCCAAAGAAGUCAAAGGGCUCAGCAAGUAGGGCAAGCAGUAAGGCCAGUGUGAAAUCGAAAGACAAAAGGAAUGAUCGCUCAUCUGUUGGAAGUGUUGAUGACUCUGGUGUGCCAAACGACAUCUUCCCCAUGGUGAUCACCGCCGCGACACAGGAGCUCUUUGAAUGCCGCGCCGACGAGGACGUCACCAAGGACAACCCCUUCAAAUUCCUCAAAAAGGAGGACAUCAAGCAGGACAUGAAGAAGAGGGCCGCGGUGUCCGAUUUCCACCCCGUCAAGCAGGUGGUGCUGAACUAUCCAGCUGAUGAACUCUUACUGGUCUUUGACAGAGAUUUCACCUACGGGCAGAGCUUCUAUCUUGUUUUAACGGAAGAAGCCAAAGAAAGAGUCCUUAAUCCUCCAGUAUCAGUAGAUGAGCAGGCCCUGGAGGACGAGUUGCUAGAUUCCUUCAUAUGCAAGACGCCGGAACCCAAGCCAUGGGUAUCCCUGGGCAGCGAGCAGGAGAUCGAGGAGGAGUCUGUAGUGGACACCAGAUCAAGGUUAAAAUACAAGAUCUCCAGAGUGCGCAGGGAAUUCGGAGCUCCUGUCGUGUUCUCAGAUCGCAACGCCUCAGAGACCCCGCACGGGCACAUGGAAUGCAUGCCCUACCAAGACAAAAACUUCAGCAUUCAGAUGCUGGAGAGAAGCACUGGGAUACAGGCUGUUCCCAGCCUCAAGAGUUCCAGCACUCAGACUGCAUGGAAAUAUCCAAGGAAUAUGUAUACACAGUAUGAACCCAGAGAGUUCACAGCAGAAGAAAAAGAAAAUUGCAUGAAUUCUGAAAACCUUAAGAAUUUUGUCAAUUUGGUUGCCUCAAGAUUUGAGAUCGCACUCCAGCAGAAUGAGAUCAUGGACGUGUUCUUCGAUGACUGGCGGGCACUCACCGAAGAGGAUGUCAUUUUUGGGGGGAAAACUGACACCCACUUAAAGGAAUAUCAGUCCUUCACAGAUUUGAAGUUCAGCAAGGAGAAGACCGUCAGCUACAUGAACUGGCACCCCACCAUCAGCGGGGUGAUCGCAGUAGCACUAACAGAGAGGCUGUCCUUUGAAGAGAGGAUCAAUGACUCAACUAAGCUGCUUCUAAACCCUUCUCUCAUUCUCUUCUGGAACUUCUCUGAUCCCCUUAACCCCCAGUUGGUGCUGGAGUGCCCGGACGAUGUCCACUCCUUUCAGUUCUGCCCUUCCGAUCCCGACAUAAUCGUCGGCGGCUGCAUGAAUGGACAGGUUGCCCUGUGGGACAUAUCGGCCUACGCAGAACGACUGCAAACCGCACGCACUGGAGGGGCAGGCAGCGCCUCUGCAAACACAAAUACUUUACCAGGCUUUGAAGAUAAACAAGCAAAUGAAACUCCUGUAAUGCGCUACUGUGCUGUUUCAGGCAUAGAGAAUAGCCACAAAGCACCAAUUAGUGAUGUACAAUGGCUGCCAGACUACUUUGAGGUCUCCAGAACAGGGAUACCUUUAGAAAACAAGAAUCUGAUGUGUGUACAGAUUCUUACUUGUGCCCCUGACUGCUGUGUGAUGUUCUGGGAUAUCCGAGCUCCAAGGGCGGCCACGCAGUCCGUCACCGACAAGAAGCAGAAAGAAGAGAUCCCGCUGGAGAAUCCGCACGGCGUUCCCAACACUUUCAAACACUUGGACCUGUCCUGGAAGCCUCUGUUCCGGGUCAAUCUGCCGAAGAUAGACUCCAGCGGUGAAUAUAGCCCUCUGAAAUUCAGUAUGAUGGACUCCAGCGAGAACCAGCCGGGCGGCGGCAUCGAUAAAUCUAAUCAGAAUGUAGGGAACUCUGAAGGAAAGGUUGAGUAUGAACGGCUGAGAGUUCCUUCGGCCAAACAACUGAAAGUACUAGAGGAUAUCAGCACCAAGUUAUAUAUUGGAAUGGAGGAUGGAGAACUGAUAUAUACAGAUUGGAAAAUGGAAAAGGAUAAUGACUCCGGAAGACUGUUCAGUGCCAAGCCCUCUCGCUGCUUCAUUGUACACGAUGGCCCAGUGAACACUGUGCUGAGGUCACCUUUUUUCAAAGACAUAAUCCUGACCGUGGGAGGCUGGACUUUGGCCAUCUGGAAGGAGGGGGUCAUGCAAGGACCCCUCAUUCAGGUGUCCUGUGCAGCGAAGAGAGGCACUGUGGGACACUGGUCCCUGUCCAGACCGGGAGUGUUCUUCAUUGGGAAAGAGGAUGGAAACAUCGAGGUGUGGGACCUCUUGGAGAAGACCCACGAGCCGAUACAGACCCAGAACAUCAGCACCACCCGUAUCACCAGCAUCAAGCCCUGGAUAGUAUCCUCUAAACAGCACCUUUUGGCCGUUUCUGAUCAUUUUGGCACGGUCCAUAUUCUAGAGAUUCCAUGGGCACUUCGCAGUCCUCAGAGCAAAGAGAAGCUCAAUGUGGGCAGAUACUUUGAGAGGGAGGUGGAGAGGCUGAUUUACAUUGAGAAGCAGCUGGAGAUGAGAGCAAAAGAGAAGAGGGAGAUGGACGCUGAGGAGCUAAGGAAGAAAAUGGAGUCGGUCGUGCCAGAGAUGCUGGUGGAACAGAUCGAGGAGAAAGCCCAGAAGGAGUAUCAAGAUUACCUGGCCCUGGAGAAGGUUAUACUGAAGGACAUGGGUUUACUCUCCGAGGAAGACAAGUCCUCUGCUGAAAUCUAAUAUCUGUACUCUAAACGCCUGCAAUACCCCCCCCCUCACUUUCCACUUAGUUUGAUACAGUUUAACUUAUAAAUCCAUUAUUUCAUAUUAUUUCAGUUUAAACUGUUUAUACACAAAACACUAGAGUACGACAACUGAACUGUGGACAAAUACAACUUGAGUUUCUUUUAGUCGAUGUAAAAGGCUAAAUGUUCAUACUGCUUUAUAAAAUAUGUAUUUCACUAACAA